UUCUGGGUCUAUCUUAUAACGAGGCUUGACUAUUUUUCUAACAUAAAUAUUUUUUUAAAAAGGGAUUAUUCAACUUUGAUGAUUUGUUGUGAUUAUUGUUCAAUUUGGUACCAUACAAAAUGUGUUGGUAUAAAGAAAAAGGAUGUUGAGAAAAUUGAAAAAUUUGCUUGUCGUUCUUGCAAGAAAAAAGGAAAUGAAAUUGUUUAUAAAAAAGAAAAUGUCAAAACUACAAAAAAGAGGAAAGAAUCGACAGAGCAACAAGAAAACAACAAAAAAUCAAAAAUUGAAAUUAAACCUGCAAAGAUUAUUAAGAAAGAGGAAUCAACUGUUCGAACAUUGGCGAGAAGUCCAAGCUUGGCAAAUUCAACAUUAGCUAAAGUAAAAGUUGAAAUUACCAAUAUUGAACCAAAAGAAAUCAGCAAUUCUUUACUGGCAAUAAAAAUCAAAGAAGAGCCUUCUUCAAAUAUUUCUUCAUCAAAUAUUCCAAUAAAUGACCACCAAAAGCCUCUUCCUCCACCAAUAACAAUUAUUGAUGUAAUUAAACCUCCUCAAUCUUCCCCAGCUCCAAUUCAAUUAAUUCCUCCAACAAUUUUAAAACAACAAAAAAUUCAAGAGGAAAAUCCAGAAUUGAGAUGUGAGAAUUGUAUUGGUUGUUUUAGGGAUGAGGAUUGUGGUAAAUGUGUUGUUUGUAUGCAAUCACAAAAUAAAGGCAAACUUUGUAUGCAAAGAAUUUGUGUUCAAGUGGAAGAGCUUUUUAAGAAGAAGUUAAAAAAGUCAGAAAAAGCUUUGUCUGAAACAUCAAGUAUUGAUUGUGAAGUUCAUGUUAGCACAAGAGGACGAAAACCAAAACAACAAUUAAACGAUGAGACUAUGACUAAACAUCGUCGAAGUGUUGGAAUGUCAGAAAAACCAAAAGAAAAUGAGGAUUUGGCUUUACAACUUAAUAAAUUUUAUAACAAUUUAAUGCGUAAAAGGACAAAAGCUAGGAAUAAUAAUGAGCUUCCAAUUGAACAUGAAGAAAAACAAUGUAUUGGACCUGAAUGUACCAAUUCGGUGAGGCAAGGAUCUAAAUAUUGUUCUGAACGUUGUGGAUUGGCACUUGCACAGAUUAGACUCAAAACAAUUUUGCCCCAAAGAUUUAAUGAUUUCUUUGCCAAAGUUCCUUCUAAACAAAUUGAGGACAACAAAAAACUUAACAACGUCGAAGGACAAAUUACACAAAUUCAUCAAAAAUUGAAAAAAUUUGGAGAAUGGAAAGAUAAUGUUGAAAAUUUUUUAGCUGCAAUUAAAAAUGCACAGCCAACUGCGGAACGGCCAAAGAGUGGAGACGAUAAUUUUGUAGUGGGAUGUCCUGUUUGUGGAGGAGAAUUUCCCAUGCGUGAAAGUACUAAACACAUUCAAUCUUGUUAUACGCGAUCUGAGAAACAAACAACUUAUGGAACUGAUUAUCCGAUCCCAAAUAAUCAAUACAAACUUUAUUGUGAUUCUUAUAACAAAAUCAACAAAACUUAUUGUAAAAGAUUAAGAUAUGCAUGUGCAGAACAUUACAGAGAUGAAUUUAAUUUGAAGAUUUGUGGAUGUCCUUUAAUUUGGUAUAAAAAUGGAAGUUGUUUAAAUUUUGAAUCUCUUUUUAUUUCUUCUGACGCAAUGAUAGCGGAUGGGGGUUAUUGUCAAGAGAAAAAUAAAAAUUGUCGUGCUCAUCAAAAUUGGAUUCAGACAGCCUUUAGUUUAAUUGACAAUGAACGUAUGAAUUUACUUAAUCAAUUAGAAGAAUUAAUUGAACAACGAGGGUUUAUAUUGAAAACACUUACAGAAAGAGGGGAUGUACUUACACUUUUGUGCAGUCAAAGUCAGCGAUUGAGUAUUGAAAAAGAGGAUUUAAAGGAGGAUGAUAAUGUUUCUAGUGGGGAAAGGACCGAUUUAGGUAAAACUGAUUAG